UCGGGUUCUUCGGAAUUUCUCCUGUACUCGCCGUUCAUCCGUCGCAGGCAGAGCUCGAUCAUCCUCGGGCGGCUUUAGUUGGCUUCCCCUCUUACCACUCAAAACACCUUUCCCCCUUCUUUAUUGCCCUAAUUUGUGAGUUUUCCAGCUCCUUCCUAUAGGAUCCCUUCUUAAAUCUGUGAAAUUUGAAACUAAAGCAGAGCUCUACAUUAGCCGGCACAAUGGUAUCUGGCUUAAUAAAUGCUAAUCCUAUCAUCUACGAAAAGAAAGAGCGUCGAGCUCGCACCACGCCCACCUCCACUGAUGACAAUGUUGCGGAAUCGAUUGAUCAACAAGAAAUUUUUGAUCAUAUAAGGGAUAUUAAAGACCCAGAGCAUCCAUACUCCUUGGAAGAGCUCAAAGUAAUAACUGAAGAUGCGAUUGAAGUUGAUGAUCAGCAUAGUUAUGUCAGGGUUACGUUUGCUCCUACAGUUGAACAUUGUAGCAUGGCAACUAUCAUUGGUCUAUGCUUACGGGUGAAACUCAUGAGGAGCCUUCCUUCACGCUACAAGGUGGAUAUCAGAGUAGCACCUGGAUCUCAUGCUACUGAGGCUGCAGUUAAUAAACAGCUAAAUGAUAAAGAAAGGGUGGCUGCUGCACUGGAAAAUCCAAACCUAGUGGAUAUGGUUGACGAAUGUUUAGCUCCAUCUUUUGGUUGAAGGAGCUUUUUAUCCCCCGAUGCAAUAAGACUGUAGCUCCCUUAAUGCGUGGACCUUAUCAGUUUCGUGAGUUGGUAGAGAUAUUGUAUUCAUUUUAUUGUUGCAGCUUCAUGGGUCAUGCAGUUUUUGCCUACUAUACAUGAUUUGAGUUACAUGUAGGAAUACGCAACUGGAAGAAAGCCAUAGAUGUGCUAUUUUCUUAUGAUUGUUUAUUAGGAGCUCUAGAAAAAGAAAAAUAUGUUUUCUAUUUUCAUGUUUCUUUUCCUGGUUUUGUAACUUUCUUGGUGCUGUAAAUUGAAUUUCGGAAACAAAAAUAAAAAAAAAGCCAGCUUUAUUUAUCUGGAAGGAAC